AUGGUAUUUCUUCGAAAAAUUUUUGGUCCAUUUUUGGGUAUUUCAUUUGGUAUUACUUUACUGCUAACUUCAGUUUUCGGUAAUUUCUUGUUAACAUUACUGCUACCAGUUUUAUAUUUUAAUCACAAACAAUGGCGUUCUAUGGUCGAUCGAGCGAUCAGUUUUUGGAUCAUUAUUCCCAUUGUUUAUCUUGAAUACAUAUUUGGCGUCAAGUUUAAAGCAGUCGGUGAUGCUAUUGAUAAUAAUCGUCCUGCAAUCAUUGUAAUGAAUCAUAGAACCAGACUUGACUGGAUGUAUUUUUGGGGGGUGUUGUUUAAAAUGAAUCCAUGGUUAUUGGUGAGUUCGAAAAUUGCAUUAAAAGCCGAACUUCGCAACAUUCCUGCAGCAGGUUUUGGAAUGGAAUCAAAUCAAUACAUAUUCUUAGAUCGAAAGAUCGAAAUAGAUAAAGAACGCAUUACGGAUGCUGUCCAUUACUACGCAACUAUUGGAACAGACUACCAGAUAUUGUUAUUUCCGGAAGGGACUGAUAAAACAGCAGAUACAACGUUUAAAAGCAACGAAUAUGCAAAAAAAAAUGGCUUAAAGGAAUUGAACUAUUUAAUUUAUCCACGUUCAUCUGGAUUAAUUCAUUUGAUAAAUGAAAUGAGAAGAUAUAAUUAUAUUGAAUCCAUAUACGAUGUAACUCUUGCAUAUCCGGUUAAUGUAGUACAGUCUGAAAUUGGACUUUUGCUCUUGGGCCAAGCUCCAGAGCAAGUUUUAUUUCAUAUCAAACGUAUCGAUAUCUCAUCUGUACCACGUAAUGAUCAAGACAUUGCUAAUUGGAUUAACAAGCUGUGGUUAGCCAAAGAGGAAGAACUAAGCUUAUUUUAUUCACAGCGGUCACCUAGUACGAAUUUCUCAAAUACUGAAAAUAAGUUCAUAUGGGAGAAAGACAAUAAAACAGUUAAGGCAGUCAAAAUUUUCACAUUGUGUAUGUGGUUAUCAUCAACACCGCUCUGGCUAUAUCACUUGACAUUUGUACGACUCGUCCAGGUAAUUUAUGCUGUUUUCUUCGCUGUGUAUGUAUAUAUACAUUUCAAAUAUGGUGGUAUGCAGAAGAUGGUUUACACUAAAUGGAGACAUUCAGUGACUACAUAA